UCUUAUCUAAUUGAGAAAUGUUUGUUGCCCUUUAUUUCUGUAAAGCCACUAGUGAGCCAGCAGGAGCUUAUUUUUUUCUGUUGCCGUCUGUCCUCAGCCUACUACAAUGACAUCGUGAUCGGGGCCGUGUGCUGCCGCAUAGACACCUCGGAGAACCAGAAACGGCUGUACAUCAUGACCCUGGGCUGUCUGGCUCCUUACCGGCGGCUUGGCAUCGGUACGGUCAUGCUGGAGCACGUCCUCAACAUCUGCGAGAAGGAGGGGAACAUCGACAACGUGUUUCUCCACGUACAAGUGAACAACGACGGUGCCAUCCGCUUCUACGAGAAGUUUGGCUUCAAGAUUGUGGAGGAGAAGAAGAACUACUACAAGCGCAUCGAGCCCGCAGACGCCUACGUCCUGCAGAAGUCGUUCAAAGAUGGCGGCAGUGCGGAGGAAAAAGUGGAGUCUUCAUCGGGAGAAAGUGUAGAGAAAUCACCGUCUUCGUGAAGGAGAGUUGUUGUAGUUAGAUUUUGAUUAGUUGGGGGGGUUGUACCACACUGGGUGAGGUUUCGUUUGUUUUUCUCACAUUAUUGGGCAAGAAGGUUCACAUUUUAAGUGUGAUCGCUUUAUAAUAAAUUAACAAUGUCCCCUACCAAUUACAUUGGAUAGAAAAUCAUUUGUAAAAAAAUUCCUUUGAGGAGUAUUGGUGUAUCUAUGGCACGGGUAAUUGUGCUUUGAACGAGGUGUUCGGGGAAUUCGUCAGUCCCGAUGAGGGUUUGUUGAGUUCAGUCUUUUGCUGUCUGCAAUAAGUUGGAAGAUAGGACUUUCUGACAUCUUGGGGGUGAGUGAAUGGUGAGCUGGUCGCGUUGAUGACUUUUGAACCACGGUCAGACAGCUGUUAAAAGACAGUGUUGAUGGUAGAAUUUUUCUGUGAGACUUGCCUCUAUCUUAUAUAUAUAUAUAUAUAUAUAGUAGUAAGGAAAAUGUAUUGGUGUGUUUGUAAGGAAAGAAGACAGGAGAUGUUUCAAUUCAAAAUGUAUACAGUUUCUAAAAUGUGGCCUUCAUUUGUCAUUGUCGUAUGUCAAAAACAAAAAAGAGGUUUUCAAGAAAAGCAAAGUACAGUUUCAUUUCAUGCAGAUCAUUUUGGGGUUACUACAAAAUAUUUAAUUUGUAUAAACCUGUGUUAACCCUCACUCUGGCAAGGGCCGAUUAGAUCAGCCCAUUUCCUGCCAUGAAACUGGCAGGGCCGAUCUCAUAGGACCAUAUAGUAAACUGCUGCUUCUGCCUUCCAACUAAAUAUUUGGGGCUUCCCAAAGUGAUUUCUGAUUGGCUAAAAGGCUAACCUCCAACCAAUCAGAAUAUUUGUACCAUUCUGGCCUAGGAGAAGAGUAUUUUGCUUUCAAAACAGGGAUGUUUUGAAAGCUUGUUGAUCAGGCCACAAGUCACAAGCCACUAAUGCCAGUGUAGAUCUAUCACUUGUGUGGGUCUAAAAUGGCCAAAAAUCGAUCUUUUUUGGAUACAUUUGAAAGUGAAUUGACUAGGGAAAGUAAUUCAGACACUGUUAGUGGUGGAUUUAUUGGUGUUCAGUCAAGAUUGGGAUUAGAUCUGACAGACAAUGGGGAUACAUGUACCAGUUCUCAACCUGCCCCAACUUCUCUUUCAAAUGGAACACUAGAUUCUACUACUUUGGGAGUCUAAUAGGGGCAGAAAAAGGAGAGCUAUAGAGUCAAGUAGGUUCCUUUUGCUAUACUAAUUAUUACAGACUACCAGCAGAUUGCUGAAAACCACAUGGUUGUACUUAGAGUGUUUUUAUGUUGAGUAUGGUAUGAAAUUAGCGAGUAUCAUCAGCUGCGCUCGAAACAGACCACAUGACAAGUUGAAACAGUCAUAACUCAUUACCUGUUCUUCUCAAACCUAUAAAUCUAUACAUUUUCUGAAAGGUAAUUGAAAAACCCAUAUUUCUGCUAUCUCACAUUUUUUAUAACAAGAAAUACAUUAGAUUGGUGAAUAUGCUAAUGAGCAUGUACAUUUUUUGUCAGCCAUCUUGGAUUUCAAAGUUACAUAACCCCUUGAAAAUUAAAUAAAAUCAUAUGUUCAAUGGCAAAAUAUAAACGUUCAUUCAAUUCUUUCAGAAAAUAUAUACUUUUGUAGGGUUUUUAUUUGAUGCAAGUCCAUAAAUUUGAUUUGUAAAGCAUGUGCACGUUUUGGCUGACUGGCCCUGCCAUUCCUGUUGAAACCACUUGCCAGAGUUAGGGUUAAGAAGGAAAUGAGUCUUGGACCAGUGGAAGUACCUCUACAACAUAGGCUACUGGGUUCUCAUUUUUUCCCCAAUUUUGGCAUACGAGGAUGUUGAAUGACGGCGACAAAUGUGCACCUUUUUUUAUUUACGUCUAAGGGUGGAGAGUUCUGCAUUUUCUUUUUUUCUUCCUUCUCUUUUUCCUGUGUCCUGCGAUGGAGCAGUAGCGAGUGAGAUCAUCGUCGAUAUCAUGACGGCCGUCACAGUUGUCCAUGUGUUACUCAUUUUUUACCACCAUUGAGUUGUUGCAAUGAUCAAAAUACUUGGAGUUUCCUGGCCUGGCUGUAACAUCGUUGUUUACUAAAAAUCCAAAAUUUGACAGUUUUGUUUCCAUUUUUGCUGGUCAUAAGGUUGACAUAAGUCAGCCCAGUUUCCUGAAGUUUUCUCAACACCAAACAAAAUGGCUGAAAUUGUGUUUUGACCAUGAAGUAUUUACUUUGUAUGUGUGGACUCGCGUGCUUAAGUUCACAGGAUUUGUUGGUGGGUUUUUUAUUCUUUCAAAAGCUCACCCGAGAUUAUUUUUUUCACUGAUAAUCAACCAGCUUUACUAACUGAUGUGUGACAGUUUGUUCUGUGGUGUGGCGGGCGUGUGUGUGAGCGGGGAAUGAUUGUCUGCAGCUGUCUGGGCCAAAGUAAAGUACAGCACGACCUGUUCUAGGCUGAGUCGCGACGGAGCCAGGGAAAUGUUCUCGUUCUGUCUUGGGCAGGGGAAGUGGGGCUCACAUAGACGGGCGAACUAGUAACUGCAGGCCCCCUCCCUUAGCCCGACAGUGUGACAUUAUGGGUGGAGCUGAUGGAACAAGUUGUGUUUCCAAAAAGAGCCAAGUGGGCAAAGUAGUUUUGUGUCUUAGGCAGGUCAGAACCCUCGAAAGGGGAAGAAAUUUCUCUUCCAUUUCCUCAUUGUGAAGGUUUCCGUCUUAGACUUAGACCGGUGUAAUUGAUCAAACCCGAACCCCCACCCUACCACAGCUGCGUGCUAGUAGGAUAAGGAAGGUUUCCGUUUCAGACAGGUGUGGUAGAGAGGAAUUGAUCUACUCACCCCAACUCUCACCUCAGCCCAGCCCGGCCCAGCUCCCUGCUAGGGACUUGUGUCUUGUGGGCAACAUGCGGAGUGGCUGUGUCAUACAUACAUGGUCGCUUUUAAGCACAAGGGGGCUAUCCCGAAAAAUACUGUUUUGAGAAAAUCAAAGGUAGAGUUUUUGUUCUUAGUUCAGUGUCUUUAAAAGACAAGGAGAGUUUUCUCUAUUACCUAACAAAUGUACACCCCAAUGUGACCAAACCUCUCCUAGAUCUAGGGCAAUGCCCACUUUUGGUGUAGGUCAAGAUUCCUGGAAACCCCCGAAAUCUGGGUUAGCCUGCUUGUCCUUAAAAGCGACCACAUGAUCUUACACUGACUUGCACAUAUGGGAAACACUGGGCUGUGGUCCUCGUGGUAGAUGGUGGGGGGGGGUGUGGGGGGGGGGGCGGCUAUACUUUACUUGUCCUGCUGUUUGCCUUCCUGUGUGUCUGACUGACUGUUUGCCUGUGUGUGUGUCUGACUGACUGUUUGCCUGUGUGUGUGUCUGACUGACUGACUGUUUGCCUGUGUGUGUGUCUGUGUGGGAGAUGUGGAUUCUGUGUACAUUUUUGCUGACUACAAUGUUGUUGUUUGUUUUCCUGGGUUAUGAGAUGACCAGUUCUCAAAUAAACGUGUGAGAUUUUAUUAAUUAACA